UAUCUGUCUAUAUUACGCCACGUACGGUAUUAGGGUUCUUUGCUUCAAAGAAACGCAAAACACCAAAAGGCUUUUCGUCUAGCUGUGCUUGCUCUGCUCUGCUCUGCUCUGCUGUUCAAAGUAUGUCGGAAGAUCUGGAGUACCGUUGCUUUAUUGGUGGCCUGUCCUGGUCAACAUCUGAUAGAGCUCUAAGAGGUGCAUUUGAAAAGUAUGGCCAUCUUCUCGAGGCAAAGGUAGUUGUUGACAAGGUCUCUGGACGCUCUCGUGGAUUUGGGUUUGUCACUUUUGAUCAGAAGGAUGCAAUGGAAGAUGCCAUUGAAUCAAUGAAUGGAAUGGAUUUAGAUGGGCGAAGUAUUACUGUUGACAAAGCUCAACCUCAGCAAGGUUCUGGUAGAGAUCAUGAUAGCGGUUACACCCGUGACCGUGGUGGUCGGGAUCAUGAUCGCAACCGUUAUGGGGGUGGUCGGGGAUCUGGUGGUGGAGAGUGCUUUAAGUGUGGAAAGCCAGGGCAUUUUGCUAGAGAAUGUCCUGAUGAAGGGGCUCGAGGAGGGAGGUAUGGUGGCAGGGAUGAUAGGUAUGGUGGCGGUGGCGGCGGCGGCGGUGGGCGUUAUUCUGAUAGGAAUGGAGAUCGAUCUGGUGGACGCAAGUAUUCUGGUGGUUACGGGGGAGGCGAUCGACGUGAUCGCUCUGGACCAUAUGAUCGGGGUACUGGAGGUUCCCGAUUUUGAAAGAAUGACUUCUUAAACUAGUGCUGUAGAACUGGGAUGUUGCUGCUCCUGGAUGCAAAGUGGCGGAAGUUUCUUCUGUUAGGAUGUCUUCUCUUCUUAAUGUUUGGGCAAAUUUAGUGGAUGAAUAUUUCUAAAGUGUGAAAUUGGCACCAAUGAUCUGCUAUUUUAUGUCCCUUAAAUGUUGGAUAUUCUGGUCUGAUGGAGUCAUGGUUGCUUGACAUGCACAUUCAAAUCUAAUCUUACUCUUUUGAUUGUCGUAAUUGCUGCUGGAUAUCUACUUUCUUGCAUAAGAAAUUGCAAUUUCCGUUA